UCGCAAACGCCCCCAAUUAGUCUCCGCCCAGCUCACGCUCACCCCCUUCACUGGUUUCAUAUUAACCCCGUCUGUCCCCGCCUCAUCCGUCUCCUGCCAUUGGCUCCCCGGUAUAAGCCACGCCCCCUGCUGAACCAUGGCGGAAGUGAGCAGACGUCAGCAUGCCCGGGUUAAAGGAGCGGCCUCCCCGGGGCCCCCCGCACACAGGGAUGAGGAGGCUUUGGGGAUGGCGGCCGAAACGAUGACCGUGUUCAUCAAGCUGCUGGCGGCCGCCUUCUACGGGGUCAGCUCCUUCCUCAUCGUCGUGGUGAACAAGAAUGUGCUGAGCGGCCGCAGGUUUCCCUCCUCGCUAUGUGUUGGACUUGGCCAGAUGCUGGCGACGGUGGUCGUGCUCUGGGUGGGAAAGGCUCUGAGGGUGGUGCAUUUUCCGGAUUUCGACAGGCACAUACCUCGAAAGACUUUUCCACUACCUCUACUGUAUUUUGGAAAUCAAAUUACAGGAUUGUUCAGCACAAAGAAGCUAAACCUCCCCAUGUUUACUGUUCUCCGACGUUUUUCAAUCCUGUUUACAAUGUUGGCGGAAGGAUUCUUACUCAAGAAAAAAUUUUCUCGCAGCAUUCAGAUGACAGUAUUCGCUAUGAUAAUCGGCGCAUUCAUAGCUGCAAGUUCGGAUCUGGCAUUUGACCUUGAAGGCUAUAUAUUUAUCCUGCUCAAUGACGUCCUAACGGCGGCCAAUGGCGCAUACGUGAAACAGAAGUUAGACUCCAAGGAACUUGGAAAGUACGGGCUGCUCUACUACAAUGCAUUAUUCAUGAUUGUACCAACACUGGUUAUUGCAUAUGUGACUGGCGACAUCCAGAAGAUUCAUCCUCAUGUAUUCCACGGUCCUAUGUACCCAUUAUAAUUCUGCCCUGACCACUACGAUAGUAGGAUGCAUCAAGAAUAUCCUCAUAACUUACAUUGGAAUGUUCUUCGGGGGAGAUUACAUAUUCUCCUGGACAAACUUCCUGGGGUUAAAUAUCAGUAUUGCCGGCAGUCUGGUGUAUUCCUAUAUAACCUUCACAGAAGAGCAGAUGAUUAAACAGCCGGAGUCUAUCGGUAAACUGGACAACAAGGGGAAGAUCGCGGUGUGAGCGGCACUACGGAGGGGAGUCGGCCUCCACCGAAUCGGUCACGAGUGCUGCGUGCUCUGCCUGUCAGACGUGGACUCGUGCGCACAUCAAUUGCUAAUUUGCACAAUCAUUCUAAAUGAAACAAUGCCUUUUUAUAUAUUUUUAGAAGAACAGUUUUUUAGCAAAAAAAACAAACUUGUAUUUAAUUCCGAAGCUGUAAAAUAAGUAUUACUAUUUUAUUUUAAAUAAUUCCGCCCUUCCAAUACAUUUCAUUCUGACCCCAGGACUGCACAAGCUGGUGUCUGCACCUCAUCUAGUGCCUCAGCCACAUUUUUUAUUUUUAUUUUGUUAUUAUACAUCUGUAAUGGGAUGUAGCCGCGUUGGAGCAGUCAUUUUGUGUGUGUUUUAUUUUUUAUAUUUAUUUUUUUGACCAAUUGACUUUGUGGUCUGAUACAACAUAUUGUAACUAAAUCUUUUUUUUUCUUUUUCUUUUAAAUGCAACUUUUGUCAAAACACUCACAGAACUUGUGAUCUUGGGUCAUCUGUGAGAUGCCCAAAUAAAUAGGAGUUGUAGGAAACAUCUGCACCUAGAGCAGUGUAUCCUAACCAGUAACCUCCAGCUAUUGCAAAACUACAACUCCCAGCAUGCCAAGACAGCCUUUGAGGGACGCUGGUUGGGAACCACUGCUGUAUAAGCUGCUCUAUUUUCCUGAUACAAAGCUCCAAAUCCACUGCAUAGACUUCAUUUUAUAACCUUCUGGCUCCUAGCAGCUGCCACUAGGGGGAGCUCAAGAGCUUGGUGAAGACAGAGCAUUAGCCUUUUACUCUAGAACAGUGUUUCCCAACCAGGGUGCCUCCAGCUGUUGCAAAACCACAUCUCCCAGAAAUCCCAUGCAUGGGUGAGAUGGCCCAGACUGGAUGUCCUCUAAAAUAUAGAUGAUGUUGCUGCUGGGUGCAGAUGUACCCCCCACGCCGCGCCCCCCUCCAAAAAAAAAAAUUAACUUUUUUAAAUUUUUUUUUUUACUUUUGCUCUGUUUUACUUAGGUGAGGAAGGAUAAGAAAUUGUUUUUAAAAUCAAUUUUUCUGUGAAAAAAAAACCCCAAAACAAAAUAGUUGUUGGCACAGAGCGGCGUUCUUAUAUGGUUGUUACAGUCGCUCUCCCGUUGGUGCUGUUCUAUCACAGUGAUAGAUUCUGAGCGGUAACACAAGUUCAUUAUGUGUGUGUGUGUAUUAAGCCCCGCCCAUUCGUCACAUGACUUCAUUUCCAAAAUGUUCCAUAAUGGAAUGUACAAUGGUCUGUGUGAGUAUUUGCUGCGUAUUGUCCUUCACCUAUCGCCUAGUUAUCGGUGGUCUC